CAAUUAAUCUCCUUUCAUCCACAUGAACAACCCGACCCAAACACCCAGCCACCUUCCGAGUCCAAUUCGGUGUGGAAUAGGCCGGCGGCAUCCCUCUUAUUUGGACCCAGAUCGGCAACCGGUUCAGAGGCACAUCCAUGAUCUCGCUCACCCCAUCAUAGUCCCCUAAAACCAGAGUAGCCGAACGAUAGUACCACAAUGACUUAGCCAAAACCCGCUUUUUAUCCGUCGGAUUGACGAAUCGGAAGAGAAACCGUCCAUUCGGACGUUCGCGGAUCACCAAACCAUGGUCAGCCACGGGCUAGAUUUGGCCAAUUUGGGACAUGAACCGGUGCGGCGCCGCUUUCAUAGGUUCCACCGAAAUCAGACGCCCCACCAACCAGUGAUAGGUUGGAUCUGCCAAAUCCACCGCUGGAUCCUCAUUGUGGAAGUCAUCUCCCCCAAUAGCGAGGGCUGCAGCAAGCUUCGAAGUCACAUCCUCAACACCAGUCAUUUUGGAUUAAGGGAGGAGGAAGGAGAAAAGAAUGAGAGAACAAGACAAGAAGGAAGCGGAUCCGGCCUGACGGCUACAGCAAACAACGAGAGAGAGGAGUUCUCUCUCGGACGAAUUUUUUAGGUUAUUAAUGAAAACUAUUUUGAAAUUCGUUAGUUAAAUUUGAAAAUAUGAAUAGUGAAAAGGAAUUCAAAAGCAUUGAAAAAUAAUGCAGUACUAGCUAGUGGAGAAAAAAAAUGUCUGAAAGUCGUCUCUCCUCACAUGCAGCAUAAGCUGCAUUGAAGUGCAAUUUGCGCUUGAUGAUUUUUAUGUAUAAACGAGAUUCAGACUUCACAGAAAUCAAGUAGAAACCUCCAAAAAUAUUCUCAGAUGGCAUCGCGUAGUGAGAUUGUCUUGGCUUCCCUUCUUCUUUUUCUUUCAUGCUUAGCAGAAACCUCUGAUGCAAAUGGCGUCGUCCUCUUUUCCUCUCUGCCCAACACUUUAGAAAUGAUCGUGUCACCCCACAAACCAGAACAGGUUAUGAAACCUGCGGAAGGUAGUUGGACUUUUGGUGGGACGUUAAAAGCUGGAGAAGACAAACUCAGCAUCUCAUGGCGUCUAAACCAGAGUUUCUCAGCUGGAACCACCGACUCGGGGUACAAGACCAUCAAGGUGAAGCUGUGCUACGCGCCGGUGAGUCAAGUGGACCGCGGGUGGAGGAAGACGGUGGACAACCUCGCAAAGGACAAGACGUGCCAGUUCAAGAUCGAAACUAGACCAUACAAACACGGCUCUAGCAAGUGGAAGUACAUAGAUUGGACCAUAAAGCACGACGUGCCUUCUGCUUCGUACUUCGUACGCGCCUACGCUUACGACGGCGCAGGUGUUGCGGUGGCUUACGGUCAAAGCACGGGACCGAAGAAAAACUACAACAUAUUUGAGGUCCAGGGGAUCACCGGACGACACAAGACGCUUGAUGUGGUAUCGAUUUGCUUUAGUGCUUUCUCCGUUUUGUCCUUGGUUGGGUUCUUUGUUGUUGAGAAGACAAGGGCAAAGCCUACCUAAUCAGAUGUGAAGGAAAACUCCAUGGUACAUUCACAUUGUUUGUUGUUAUCAUUGAUGAUUGUUAACCGUUGAUGUGUUACAUUCAUAUAUAUAUAUAUAUAUAUAUAUAGUAACGAUUGACAAUUGUUAAUGACUUUCAGUUGUGUUAAAUUCAGCAUUCAGUUUCAAAAUCA